AUGUUGGCUUUCAUGGUUGGUUCAAAGCAAGCUUUUGAGGUGUCUUUAGCAGAUGUCUCUCAAACUCAGCUUCAAGGGAAGAAUGAUGUGAUCUUGGAGUUUCACGUGGAUGACACAACUGGAGCUAAUGAGAAAGAUUCACUGAUGGAGAUAAGUUUCCAUAUACCAAGUUCCAACACCCAGUUUGUUGGUGAUGAAAAAACUCCUCCUGCUGAGGUUUUCCGCAGCAGAAUAAUGUCCAUGGCUGAUGUUGGCGCUGGAGGUGAAGAUGCUGUUGUUACAUUUGAGGGUAUUGCGAUCCUUACACCAAGAGGGCGAUACAUUGUCGAGUUACACAUGUCAUUCUUGCGGCUUCAGGGACAGGCUAAUGAUUUCAAAAUCCAGUAUAGCAGUGUGGUUCGCUUAUUUUUACUUCCUAAGUCUAAUCAACCACAUACCUUCGUCAUUAUUACUCUUGAUCCCCCUAUUCGGAAGGGACAAACUUUGUACCCUCAUAUUGUGAUGCAGUUUGAAUCUGAUUAUGUUGUCCAAAGUGAAUUGACAAUUAAUGAAGAUCUUUAUAACACAAAGUACAAGGACAAGUUAGAGCUAUCUUAUAAGGGGCUUAUUCAUGAAGUAUUCACCACAAUAUUACGUGGCUUGUCUGGUGCCAAAGUGACUAAGCCUGGAAAAUUUAGGAGUUGUCAAGAUGGUUAUGCUGUGAAAUCAUCUUUGAAAGCUGAAGAUGGAAUUCUGUAUCCGCUUGAGAAGAGCUUCUUCUUUCUACCUAAGCCUCCGACUCUUAUUCUUCAUGAAGAGAUUGACUAUGUGGAGUUUGAGAGGCAUGCUGCUGGUGGUUCCAAUAUGCAUUAUUUUGACCUUCUUAUCAGACUAAAAUCUGAACAAGAGCAUCUCUUCCGUAAUAUUCAGAGAAAUGAGUACCACAAUUUGUAUGAAUUUAUUAGUUCAAAGGGCUUGAAAAUUAUGAACUUGGGAGAUGGCCAACCCACUGUUGGUAUAAAGAAGGUUCUCGAGAAUGACGAUGAUGAUGCUGUUGACCCACAUCUUGAGCGCAUAAAAAAUGCAGCUGGUGACGAUGAAAGUGAUGAGGAGGAUUCAGAUUUUGUUGCUGAUAAGGAUGAUGAAGGUUCUCCUACUGAUGAUUCUGGGGCAGACGAUUCUGAUGCCAGUAAAAGUGGCGAUGAGAAAGAGAAGCCCGCCAAGAAGGAAAUAAAGAAGGACCUGCCUCCUAAGGCAUCUACUUCUAAAAAGAAAUCAAAAGAUGACGAUGAUGGAAAAAAGAAAAAACAGAAGAAGAAAAAAGACCCAAAUGCACCCAAGAGGGCAAUGUCCGGUUUCAUGUUCUUUUCUAAAUUGGAAAGAGAGAAUCUCAAGAAAACUAAUCCUGGAAUUUCAUUUACGGAUGUUGGAAGAGUACUUGGAGAGAAAUGGAAAAAAAUGUCAGCGGAAGAGAAGGAACCAUACGAGGCAAAAGCACGUGAAGAUAAACAACGUUACAAGGAUGAGAUUAGUGACUACAAGAAUCCCCAACCCAUGAAUAUUGAUUCAGGAAAUGUAUCUGACAGUGACUGGAAUGUGCUCGAGAGUUUUGUGCCUUUCGGGGUUGAAACCUCAGUUGGUUUGCAUGGCUUUAAGGGAAGUCAGGGGAAGGAUGACCUUGCUUUGUUGACCAGUGAGAAAAACACGGCUAAAUCCUAUCCCUCUCAGCAGAAUAGGUUGCAGGGUGACACGAGCGAGGAGAAGAGUGGGGAAGAAGCGUGCGAGGCACACGUUAUCCUUUCCAUACGCGUCUCUACGACGUCCAUAUUCCAUCUCCCCUUUCAUUACCAACCUCUCAUCUCUCUUUUACAAAUCCUCUCUCUCUCUCUCUCUCUCAUUUCUCAUCUCAACAAUCUUCACCACCCUCUCUGUUUCUCUCUCUUUUCGUCGUUUUCACCAAAACGCACAAUUAUGGCUCAGAAGGCCGAGAAAAACGACACCGACUUCAAGGUCCCCGAACCAAUCACCCCCUGCGCAACCACCACAACCACCGCAGCCUCCAUUUCCGAACCUUCUAGAUUCUUCGACGCCGCCACUCCCGCCACGUCGUCGCGGUCGCCCAAGCGCUCGCUCCCGCUCGAGGACGCUGCCACCGCGGACCGGACGGCCACAUCGGAGCCCAAGCGCGCGGUGAACCGGUGCUCCGGUUGCCGGAGGCGCGUUGGCCUGACUGGAUUUCGGUGCCGGUGCGGGGACCUCUUCUGCGCCGAGCACCGGUACUCUGAUCGCCACGACUGUUCCUACGACUACAAGGCCGCCGGGAGAGAGGCCAUCGCCAGGGAGAAUCCCGUCGUGAAGGCGGCGAAGAUCGUCAAGGUCUGA